CCAUGUAAACAUUUGCACACAGAAACACACUCUUCUCUUCUCUACCAUCCGAAUUUCCAACAACCUCGCUCUUUCUAUCUCUUUUCAACACUCAUUCUUCGCCAUUUUCCUUUCAUAUCUAUUUUGCAAUGCUUCCUCACCUCUCUCUUUGACCCUCUUCUCUUCUCUCUAUAUUCCAUAUAUUACCUUUCAUUACAUGUCUCUGUUUAUACUUACAUUCUGAGCUUCUUCACUUUCUGUUUCCUCCUCCCAACUGUAUCUAGUCGGGAUAAGCAUGCUUAGUCCGGAAGCUGAACUUAAAAUAAGUUUUGGCUAUCAAUGCAAUAGCAGUAGAGGUAUACCUUGCAAGGCUUCCAAUGGCUGCAAAAUCCUUCCUGAAAUCCGUAGAGCAAGCAGUUUCACUUGCUUAUCCGGUGCUGGCUUAAGCGCAAAUGCUACACUAGCCAACACGAACAUCUGCAAUGGUGUGAUAGGAGAAGAAAUCCUUCCAUGUUUGGACUCUCCUAAGUCAUUUCGUAAGGUACCCUCCUCGCCAAGUCUUCCAAAGUUGGAAAUAUUAUCAUCUUCUAUCCAUAGUAUCUUGUCAAACCUAAGUUGCAGCCCAUCCACCCCAAGUAAUAUGCUUGAAUAUGACCCUUGUGCAUUACAAUCCAUGAGUCCACCUUCCAGAAGUGACGGUUUUCUUAAUGCCGUGGAAGUUCAAGUUGCUGGAGGAGCUGCAGGUGAAGAUAGAGUUCAAGCAGUUUGUUCUGAAGAAAAUGGAUGGCUCUUCUGUGGAAUUUAUGAUGGCUUUAAUGGGAGAGAUGCAGCCGACUUUCUUGCUGGUACCCUUUAUGACACUAUCGCGUCUUAUUUUAAUAUGUUACACUGGGAUUCGGAACCUGAUUCCAUUAAUGCUUCUAACAAUGUGGGUAUGGGUGGAUCCUUUCAAUAUAAUUUGGAUGAUAGUCUUAUUCUUCAGGAACAUCAAUCUCCAUCAAUGUUUAAUGGAAACGACAAUUCUAGUAUUGGUUGUUAUGCAAACGGUACUCCACCUGCCAAGUCCAAAGCAUCACAUAAAUCAUUUUCUCAUACUGUCCUUGAUGGCCUCCAACAUGUUCUUAAUCAGGUUGAGAAUGAUUUCUUGUACAUGGUUGAGCAGGAAAUGGAGGAGCGCCCUGAUUUAGUUUCUGUUGGAUCUUGUGUUCUACUUGUGCUUCUUCAUGGUGAUGAUUUGUAUACACUUAAUCUAGGCGACAGCAGAGCAGUGUUGGCAACACGCAACACAGACGGAAGAAUGAAUGAGAAUGAGAUAUUGAAGGCUAUUCAGCUUACAGAUAAUCAUACUGUAGACAAUGAAGCGGAAAGAGCUCGGCUUCUUGCCAGUCAUCCUGAUGAUCCUAAAACCAUUGUAGCAGGGAAAGUGAAAGGAAAAUUGAAGGUUACCCGUGCUUUUGGAGUUGGCUACCUGAAAAAGAAAAAUCUGAAUGAUGCACUGAUGGGAAUUCUUCGAGUUCGUGAUCUUAAAAGCCCGCCAUAUAUUUAUACUGAUCCAUCGCUGAAUGUGCAUAAAAUCUCAAACUCUGAUCAAUUUGUUAUAGUUGCGAGUGAUGGUUUAUUUGACUUCUUCUGCAAUGAUGAAGCAGUAAAGCUUGUGGGGUCUUAUAUCUUGAACAAUCCUUCGGGUGAUCCAGCAAAAUUUCUUAUUGAGCAACUAGUGGCAAGAGCAGCUGAUUCUGCAGGUUUCAGCAUGGAAGAGUUGAUUAAUGUUCCAGAUGGGAGAAGGAGGAAGUACCAUGAUGAUGUGACUGUAAUUGUGAUAAUCCUUGGGAUGAAUCACCGGACUUCAAAGGCAUCAACUUGCAUCUAGAGACUGACCAAAGAAAAUUUGCAUCUGAAGCUUUUCAGUGGAGACUUUGGUCAAGUAGUAUUUACUAGGAAAUUUUGAUAUUCACUGUACAUAUGACAUUUUAGAACUUAGAAUCAUUAGUUUCUCUGAUUUGAUGUUUAAAAGUUUUAAAGUACUAAUGUAGCUUCACCAUUUUGUUUGAACACAAGAAUUGGAGAAAUGCAUUUGUUAUAUGGUCUUGGCGUUCUAAGCCAAAUCAACG